AUCCAGACCAUUUUCAGAAGCCCCGCUUUAGCACGGAACAAAGUUAUCCCGGAAUAAGGACAGCACGCAUGUGCCGUCAACCCGGAUGCACAUCUUUGUUCGGUCUAUACCCCCCCUCGCCAACUUGUUACAUAUUUUCUCCGUAUAAUGCAUUACACGUCUUAGAACCAGCUAUAUAAAGCUUUAGCAAUCUAAACCAGUCCAAACCGGGUUAACCAGCCGGGACAUAAGGCGUGGAUGACACUGCAUCGAGGCGACAGUUAUAACAAUCUGGUUCCGAACAGCUGCACGUAUUAUUCACGAGUAGCCUACGUCCUGUAACUUGGAGCAUGGACUUUCGAGGGAGGAGGCACGAGCGAGGCAGCAACUGGACCGACCCGGAGAUAGUGGAGCUGCUGCAGCUGUGGUCCGAUGAGUCUGUGCAGAUUGAACUGGAGAGCUCCCUGCGAAACCAGCGUGUAUUUGACCGCAUAGCCCACAUUCUGCGGGAAAAGGGCAUCUGUCGUACCGGGGACCAGUGCAGGGAAAAGAUAAAAAAGAUGAAGCUGGAGUACCGUCGCAUUAAAGACAAUCACAAAAUUAGGUCAUGGAAGUUUUAUGAUGUGAUGGAUAGGGUGCUGGCGAACCGACCGGCUGUUACCUACUCCUCCUUGGGGGGAGCUGUCAUAGCCCAACAUGUGUUUCAAAGCCCUGACGGGCCUGACUCAUUCCUGCAGGGGGUCCCAACAGUCACCUUUGGGUCUUCUUCCUCAGGGGGGUUUCUGUUUGGUCAUCCCCCAAAACCAGGAGAUCCGUUGGACAUUAAAUGUGAAGAUGUGGAGGAGAGCAUGCUGAAUUCAGGUGUUGCCCACCCUGACAUGUACUAUGGGUCAGGAGAUGAACAGGAAACUGAUGGGCAGUCUCUACUGGGGCAAGAGGACUCUCCGGGCCGAGGGGAGAGCUCCACAAAUGCAAGGAUCUCCCCCUCAGGUUUUAGCGACCUGAACACUGCCGGUCCUGCCACCCAGACUGUUGGUGGUGAUCAUGCGCCAAGGGACACUUCUGAGCUGCCCAGUCAAAAUGGCCCUCAUACCCCAUCUUCUGUGAGACAGAGGAAGCGUCGCCUUUAUGGCAAAUCAUCAUGGGGCCUUGGGGGUGCUAGAUGCAGCGGUCAAAGGAGCCUGGAUAAGGCCUUGGCCAACUUCCUGACCUGGCAGCAGUCAGCAGAGGAGCGCCUUCUCACCCUGGAGGAAGCGCGUCUGGACAGAGAGCUGCAAGCCGAGGAGCGCAGAGAACAGCGGGAGGAGCAGAGGGCAGAACAGGAGCGCCAACACGAGCUCCGCCUGUUCAGCAUGCUCACAGGGGCAUUGGUUGCUGUCAGACAGGCCGCUCCCACCGCUGCGACAACACCGAAUGACCCCUCCUGCUCACCCCUACCUCAUCUGUCAGCCUCAGUGGUGACCACAACCGCCCCUUCUGUCUCAUCAUCUUUAUCUCAGCUGCCUUCAGAAGCUCCCACGACGCUGGUUGCUUCCACUCAGGAAACGAUCAAGUCAAUGCCGCCUACAUCUGUCAAGCCCUGCAAAAUGUCCCAGAAUGUUUUGGCAAUAGAGAGAGGAGCAGGAACUCUUGGCUCUAGCUUAUACCUGUCCAACCGUGGUAACAUCAUCCGACAGCAUCAGGGCAUCCUCCAGGAGGGGCAUGCUCAAUAUGGAUUGGACAAACACCACGACAGAGAUAACCCCGAUGGCAUAAUCAACAUGGGUACCAGUGAGAACAAACUAUGCUAUGAUCUUCUUCUUACGCGGCUGACCAGGCCUGAAAUGCUACACAUUGAGCCAUCAUUGUUGCAGUAUUCAGACUGGAGGGGACAUACAUUCCUAAGAGAGGAGGUCGCAAAGUUCCUUACUCACUACUGCAGUUCUCCAAACCCACUGAAGGCUGACAACGUGGUGGUGAUGAAUGGCUGUGGUUCCCUCUUCUCGUGUAUCGCUGCGUUGAUUUGUGACCCUCAAGGCAGCUACAUAAAUAGCAAUUUAAGCCUGAAAAGUGGACCAGUUACUACAAACGUUCAUGAUGCCGUUCUUAUUUCUACUCCUUUCUACGGUGUUAUAACUGAAGAUUUACAAUUGUAUAGUGAUGUGAAACUCUUCCAUGUCCCUCUCGACUGUGAGGGUGAUGGCAAAGACAGUCGGCCCUUCCACCUUACUGUGAGCAAACUACAAGAAGGUUUAGAGAGGGCUAAACAAGAGGGUUUAACCAUCCGAGCUGUUAUCCUGAUGAACCCCCACAAUCCUCUGGCUGAGAUCUACACCCUGGAAGAGAUGAUUGCCUUCUUGGAGUUUGCCAAAAGAAAUGAGCUCCACACUAUCGUGGAUGAAGUGUACAUGCUGUCGGUCUUUGAUGAAUCUGUCACCUUUCACAGUGUCCUCAGUAUAGACAGUUUGCCCGACCCACAGAGGACACACGUAAUGUGGGGGAUGACCAAGGACUUUGCUUUGGCAGGAUUCAGAAUCGGCACUCUGUACACUGAGAACAGAGACCUGGUGGAGGCUUUGGCUCAGCUGGGCUCCUUCCACGGUAUCUCUGGAACCACACAGCGCCAGGUAGCUCAACUGCUUCAGGACAGAGAGUGGAUCAGCGAGGAAUUUCUGCCGAAGAACAGGUGCAGACUGAAAGCCGCUCACAGCUACCUGACAGGAGAGCUGCAGAGUAUGGGCGUCCCCUACCUGGACCGACCUGCUGCGCUCUACGUCUGGGCUGACCUCAGAAAGUACCUCAGAGAGCCGUCAUUUGAGGAGGAGCUUUCCCUGUGGAGGCGUUUCCUCCAACAUAAGGUGGUGUUGAGCGCUGGUCAGGCCUUCUACUGCUCAACACCCGGCUGGUUCCGCAUUGUCUUCUCCGACCAACAGCACCACCUUCAGCUCGGUUUGAAGCGAAUGAAUGCGGCCUUGAGAGAAUUUGAAGAAAAAAACAUCAGCCCUGAUUCCCUCUCUGUCAAAGCGGCCAGUGAGGAGAGCCAACAACCAAAGAGAGAGGACGGUGCAGAUUCAGACAAUGCUGCAGUUGUCAACUCAACAUCAUCACCUCAGAGCAAGUCAUCGGAGCAGCCCAAGGAGAAGGAUAGCUCUGUGCCUGACACAGACCCGCUGGACACGGAGGAUGUAGUAUUGCUGGACCGCGAGGCAUCAAAGCCCGCGGACAGUCUGGACUCUCUGAUUGGCACCCUCAGGAACCAGAUCCAUUCAUCCGAUUGGAUGGAGAAAAACACUCCGGAGCUGUCUGCUGGGGAGGACCCAGAGAUUCUUGAUGUAUUCAAGGCCCUGCUGCAAAGAGCCGGGAAGUAAGCUUAGGAUAAACAUGCACGAACGUAGCUGCCAGCUUUCAAGAGGCAGUACUUCACCCUCCUGCGUUUACUUGACACAAACACCUGACUGAAGAGGAGAGAAGAAGAAAAAAAAAGCCAGUAAGGCCAGUAUGGAAGGACAGAACAGAGAACUUUCUCUCUGAAACUCGAGGCCUUAUAUUUGAUCUGCUAAAGAAAAACAGCUUUUUGUUAUUUGUAAUCCACACUGAAACGAUGUUAGUCUUUUUACAAAUCUAAAUGAAUGCCAAAUGUUAAUCAACCAAAAUCAGUUAUGUUGUACUGUUUAACAUUUUGAUCGUACUCUCAACUGUACGUCUUUAUUAUUUGGUCAUAUGCACUUUAUUUUAUCUAUGUAUUUCUUUAUAGUUAAUGAACUGUGAUUAAAGGAAUGAACUAGUAUGUCUUAAGUUGAAUCAAUUUUAUUUGGAUGACAUGUUUUAAUUUUUAAUUUAUAUACUAUCUUUUUUUGUAUGAAAAUUAUUUUAGUUUGAUAUAUGCUGUAAUCUUUUUAUUUUGAGUGGGCUGUGGGCGCCCUUCCGUUGCAACAGAGGCAAGGGUAGUGGGUGGUAUGACAAAUAUGUGAGAUAUCUGAUAUCUCACUGUGAGGAACAGCGAGUGAGAUUUCCUUAAAUGUUUUGUCACGGAUGAUGACACUCUGACACCCCCACAGACUUUCUACAUUUGACAUAAACACAUUUCUUCAUGCUAUAUUGCUGUUACAGAAUAUCACUCAAAUGUCAAGGGAUUUCAACUUCCUUUUAACAUCCAUUUAUUUAUAUAUAUAUAUAUCUUUUUUAUGUUAGCUAUACAAAAACUUCUGCUCCCUCCAAUAUUGAAUAGCAGUUGUUGGUGCUUUCACUUUCUGUACAGUGUGAGCUGGUGGGUCGCAGUGGAGAGUUCAGGGGGAAUUCAGACGCCGUCUGGGGGAGUUUCCAUUGCAGCAGAGGCGGAGUAAACACUGCACGGUUUGAUUUGCGAGCUAAGGCUUGUGGUCCUGAGCACUACAAGUAGGGUGUUCUGUUUGUACAGUAGUAUUUGUAUUGCAGUAACCAUCCUGUAACUAGUUCCUGAAGUGUUUUACCUGUACACAGACAUACUGUACAGUUUUGUUCCUGACACCUUUCUGUUUUCUACAGCAACAAAGGGAAAAUAUGAAGUUUCUGGAGCUGGGGGAGUCCACAAGUCGCUUCAGGUUCUCUCAGUCCUGUGUGGGGUUGGCAGGUUGCCUGUGUGUGAGCUACGCAGUCUGGACACCGUUCUGGCUGAAGGAGAGGGGACUCUGGACAGAGUGGAAUAACACUAAAAGUGACCAGACAAAUCAUAUAGGUGGCAAUGACUUCAGCGCCCUGGAGGCAGAGAGAGUAUUUGGAGUGCUCUCCUUCCUGAUGGCUGUAAGCACGGGGGCUCUGUGUCUGGUGUUUGCCCUCUGCUGGACAUCUGAGACGGUGCGCUCCUACUCCAACACUCGCUCUCUCCUCAUGGCAGGACAGGCCCUGUACCCCACCACCCUGCUGCUGUUCACCAUGGCCUCUACAGGUUUCUUCUUCCUCCUCAGCUGGUCCUUUUUCACCUAUCAGCACAGGGAAGAAAUCCGUCAGGACUUCUCCAGCCUCGGCUCCUCCUAUUGGCUAGGGGCCUUAGGUUGGGUCCUGCUGUUGGUCGUGGAGAUGAUAGUGUUUAUAGCUGAGCAAGCUGUUGUGCCUGACAUCCUGCCAGACCUAGAGAAAUCUGUGGAGUCCUGGCGGAUUUCCUCUCAAUUGAAGACCGCUAAACGCUCUUUCAGCGACGGUUAUUACCCUGGAAACAUGCAACAUGGCUCCUAAUAGCCUUGAGUGGGGUGCAUAAAUUAGGACAUGACUGAGGAAAUGAAUGAUAAUGUGUAUGUUACACAUUACUAACACAGGCUCAAUGGGGAACCAGCAAUUCACACUCGUGUCUCACUCGCCUGAUUGAGCCCCGGCAUCAAGCUGAGUGGCCUGUUUGGGAAUCAUUAUUAUUAUUGAUCUAUACAACCAGACUGAAUAUUGAUUAACUGUGUUGGGAGUUCAAGUGUUUGCCAGAGGAAUUAAGUUGGAUUCCUGAAAGUCUCCAGCUUUCUCAAGAGCUGAUCAUAGCAGUGAUUCUCCACUUUGUUGCCAGUAUUGACUCAAAAGUAAAACACUAAGGACCAACAAUACUGGCUGGUUAACUGGGCGGUAAAUGUAAGAUGACAAUUGUUAUCUGACAAAGUGUAUUUGUAAACUGGUGCUUGUUGUCCAGGUGUGCCCCCAGGCCAGAAUCAGAUCCAGCUUUGUUUAAUUUUUUUGUGUCAGAUUGAUGUUAUCAAAACACUCACAAAACAUCCAGCUUGUACCUGGACUAUUAUUUUUUUUCAAGUACUAGUGUUUCAAUGUUUCUGUAUAAGCUGCGAAGUUGUUGAUGCAUGUUAAAUACACGUAUGUUUAUGUUUAUUUUUGUUUUCUUAUAAAAGGUAAAACAAAGGUGUUUGCUAAUACAACAAAUGGAAAUAUCACUUUAAUGAUUCCUUAUUUUAUUAUCUAUUAGUGGUCAUAUGCUGUGUUGUACGUUCAACACGGAUUAGUUUAACUAUGCUGAUCAUGUGCUGUCCUCCACAGCUGAAUAAAAGUUGGAUAUGUUUAUUAACGUGUGUCUGUCAUAGAGGGUAUUAUCAGCUCAUAUGGCUGAGCAUGAUGGUUGACAGCUUGGCGUGUUCCUGCAUCUGUUUACAAGGAGUUGCAAGUGUAGUGGAGCAAAGGUUUUUCCAGCCAGUCCUACAUAUCAUCAGCUAUUUGAAUCACCUACCCAGCACAUUUUCAGCAUAGUUCCAAGCUUGUGGACCACCCGACAACAGACUGCCUCCAAAGUCGUUAUUUACUUUUCUCUCACACAUUUCCUGGAGGAGAGGAAGCACUCUGACGCUGGACGGCUUAUGUUUAUGUUCUGCACCUGCCAAAGUGGGGGAGAAUUAAGUGGCUCUGGCUCUGUUAAUUGGGCGUUAAUCAGGUGUUGCUCUAAUUAAAAGGCAGUUCCGCCCUGUUGGGCCCUGGUAAUGAGUUUGUUAUUAAAUCCACAGAGGAUUUUUGUCUCUUUUUCAAUUUACCAACAGGGUAGUGCUUAAUUGCUGUGUAAAUGAGGGGAAUGUCCUUGAAGGUCGUCUUGCAUCAGCACUCGAUCCAUGAGCAGAAUGGUUCUAAAGAGCUUCCUCACCCAAACUUCAAACCUAUUCAGUUCAAUGUGUGUUCACCACUUUAGUCAAGCUGUGCCUCUCAGCAGUGACUGUUAUUUGUAAUUCAAUGCUAAAUCCUAAAAGAAUCCUCUUUAAACCUCAUUUGUUAAAUUAAGAGAAUAGGUAUGCCACUUUCUUUCUGAAAUAAAAGUACUUUUGAAAAGUAUUUCCUUUUCAUCUAAAUUCUUUUUUCCCCCUCCUUGAGGGUGUUGUCUUGGCCUUUGAAAGCAUGCAGUCUUUUAUGGCUGCCAGUCUGUCAUAAACAAACUCUCACUUUUUCCCUUCCACCACCACAAACGCUGCUCUUUCACCUUCCCGAGAAAAAACGACCAAAGGUUGAGAAUGCCUUCAGAGAAAGACGGGCGGAAUCAAUGUGGAGAUAGAAAGAAAAAGAUAGUGAGACGUUUAGGCACAAAAGAUGAAAUGACAGAUGAAUGGUAUAAGAUGUUAGGCACAGAUAGACAGGGGGCCUGAUAGACACAGAGAGAUCGUAGGUACUGAUUGUUGAAGGGCAUUUUCUACAGAGACAUCAAUCAGAAGAUGGCACCAAGAUUGAGGCAGGCCGCCAGCGAUUUCUGCCCGCAGACAGCAGCAUGUGUAGAACAUAACCUGGGAUAAACCACUGCUCUUCAUAUCAAUUAGAGACCAAUUAUACAGCCAUGUUCUACUAAUUACAGCACUGACACUACCCCAUCCCCCAGAAUAAUGCAUGUGCUUCUCUUUGCUCCUGUGCGCUAGUGUUCAUUGAGAUAUAUAAAUAAAUGUGCUUGCUAAAAUGGUGAAGCAUCCUUCCUGAAUUAGAUUUGUGUUGUGCUGUAACAUUUAUUUUGUGGUAAAGAAAGCAAGCUGUUGUUUUCAGCUUUACCUUUUGGUGGUGCUGGUGUAACAUCUUUUGCUUUGCUUCUUGCAAUGAAAUCCAGUGAAAUGUAGGAGACACUGCUCUCAUUUGACGAGUAAUGAAAUCAUCAAAAAAAGGAAAGUGUUUGUUUGUGUUUGAUUAUUAUUUGUGAGGUAGACAAAGUGUGAUUAAUAUUCUGUAGCAUAUUUCAGAGGAUUUUGAGCCAGAAUGUGCCGGACUACUUAAUAAGCCAAUUUUUAUUUGGCUCGAUGUGGGAGCAUGAUGAAUUAUGAAAUAAAGUGAAAACUUGA